CCACAGUACCACACGAGUCCGCUAAGUGGCGUUGUGCACAACCUGGAGAAAAUAACCUCUAACCCGGAUGUAAACAUUCCCCACGUGUUAUUCUUGUUAAACGCACGACUUUAGUUCAAGAAGGUAGACCUGGCGAAGCUGUUAACAUGUUUGCAGAGGAGGAAUGGACCGAUAACAUGCCAGCUGCAGAACAGGGCAAGCUGGUAGUGAAUACUGAACCUGUUGUUGGGAAGCACAAGAUAAUCAGCAGGCAUUGUCUUAAGCGAACUCUACAGACCCUAGGGUCAGCACCAGACUGGGUGUAUAUGAAACCUUCUGCAGGUAGUGAUGAGGAAAUGGAAGAAGCUCCUACACAUAUUGUCAAGAAGAAAAAGAAACAAAGGUGUAAAAAACACAAGAAAAAUUCUGGCACAAGAACCGAAGGAGAUAAGGACAGUGAAACAGCAAUGCUGCAGAAACCUCUGGAGAAGCAACAAAAGAAGCUUAAAGUGGACACAGACAACACUGAAAGAAGCGUUAAAAAAAUGAAUGAAGUUGGAGAAGAUUCUACUGAAAAAAGAUUAAACCGACAACAGUGGAAGAACAAAAUAAAGAACAAGAAACGAUGCAAGAAUAAAUUCCUUUUCAGUUCAGCUGGAGUUAAAGAAGAAAAAGGAAUGACUCAGGCAAAGGAUCUCUCAAUAGCAACUAAAAUGAAGAAUGAUGAUUUGUCACUUUGGAGAACGGCAUCUAAAGAAAAGAAUGAUGAUGUAACAUUACGUACAGAUGCACCUAAAAAAGCAAACCUAGACACACAUCAGUUAACAGACAUGAAAACAGUCUGUGAUGAAUUGAAGUCAAAUGCAAAUAAUCAGUGUGAAAAACAGAGGCCUCUCAAAGUAGAUAAAAAGUCUUUGCUCCAGGCUAAGAAACUGCAGAGCUUUUUAAACAGCCAUACCAUUAAAAGUGAUGAAAAAAUAUGUGACUCAGAACUUGGGAAGAAAAAAGAUGAUUCAAAAAAAGACAGCGAACAUCAACUGGAUCGAUCCAGUGCUUUAAGGUCUCGGAUGGAGAAGCGGUUAGAGUCAGCUCGGUUUCGCUACAUAAAUGAGCUGCUUUACACUUCGACAAGUGGUGAGGCUAAACGCAUGUUCAAACAGGAUCCUGACGCUAUUAAGAUUUACCACAAAGGCUACACUGAACAAGUGAAACAGUGGCCUGCAAAUCCAGUGGAUUCCAUCAUCUCCUAUAUUCGGCAAAGAUCGUCAUCUUUGAUAAUUGCAGACUUUGGAUGCGGUGAUUGCAAGAUUGCACAGAGUGUGAAGAACAAAGUGCACUGCUUCGAUUUGGCUCCAAUUUGUGACCUUGUCACUGCCUGUGAUAUGGCCAAUGUGCCACUUAGUGACUCCACAGUAGAUAUUGCAGUCUUCUGUCUUUCUCUUAUGGGGACCAACCUUGCAGACUUUUUGGCUGAGGCAAACAGAGUUCUGGUGAUGGGGGGUGUCCUCAAAAUUGCAGAAGUUGCAAGCAGAUUUGAUAAUAUACGCCAAUUCACUGGGGCCUUAUCUCGUCUGGGCUUUAUGUUGGCCAGUAAGGACACAGCCAACAGCCACUUCUACUCCUUUGAGUUUCAGAAGACACACAAUGUUCCAAAUGAUGUAAGGAAAAUCGGGCUUGAACUCAAGCCUUGUUUGUACAAGAAACGGUAAAAGCAUUUAUAUUUGGGUUGCAAGCAGAGCAGAAUAAAUAAAAAAGGCAACUCUGCAGAGUAACAAUAUGAAAAGCAUUUUGUGCUAAAUUGUAAACAGGAGUUGUAUUACAUGGUUCAAGUCCAUAGUGUUUGCAUCCCAUAUUCUAUAUAUAAAUAAAUGUAUUCAGUGCAAAACAUUUCAUGUUUUUACAAUGAUAAAUAUAUCUGUAAAGGAAAUUUUUAUGCUUAAUUGUCUUUAAGAGCUCGUUCAACCUUCCAAUAAAAAAAUAAAAAUUC